AGGUCGCUGUGGGCGGGUGCAGAAGCGGAUGCGGACGGUGAGCAGCAGUGGGGUCGCAGUGAUGAUGGCGGUGAGGGGUGCAGUGUUGUUCGGACGGGCUUCUGAGAGCUGCAUCAACACACACUGCCUGACCAACAGAUUUACGCUUCAAACGCAGCAGAGGUGUGGCUUCCGCAAGGUGUCAAAGAAGGUGGAGCCAAAGAAGGGCGUGGCAGAAGAGGCGGGGCAAAAUGAAAUUGUACGUAAAGGCGUGGCUCCUCUGCCAGAACCGCCCACUCCACAGAUGCCCACUAGGGCGUUUGGCAGACUGGUCAAACCGUUUAUCUUCACUAUAGGGUUUACAGGUUGUUCGUUCGGCGGAGCGGCAAUAUGGCAGUAUGAAAGUUUAAAAUCUCGUGUACAGAGUUACUUCGAUGAUGUCAAAGCAGACUGGCUAGAGAAGAUACGGCCCCAGAAACAGGGAGAUUUGCGCAAACAGGUGAAUCAGUGGUGGAACAGUUUAAGUGAAGGACAGAAAACAGUCACAGGCAUUAUAGCUGCAAAUGCAUUGGUGUUUUGUUGCUGGAGAAUUCCACCUCUGCAGCGUUCCAUGCUGAAGUACUUCACAUCUAACCCCUCCUCCAAGGCAUUGUGUUGGCCCAUGCUGCUGUCCACGUUCAGUCACUAUUCUCUCUUUCACCUGGCUGCAAACAUGUACGUGCUGUGGAGUUUCUCGUCAAGCAUCGUCAACAUGAUGGGCAAAGAGCAGUUUAUGGCCUUGUACCUGUCCGCAGGUGUGAUUUCGACGUUUAUCAGUUACGUGUCUAAAACAGCGACAGGUCGGUUGGGUCCAUCACUGGGGGCGUCAGGGGCCAUUAUGACUGUCCUCGCGGCUGUUUGCACCAAAAUGCCUGAAGCCAAACUGGCCAUCAUCUUCCUCCCGAUGUACACCUUCACUGCUGGAAACGCUCUUAAGGCUAUCGUUGCCUUGGAUACGACAGGCUUGAUUCUGGGAUGGCGUUUUUUUGAUCACGCAGCUCAUUUAGGUGGUGCUUUGUUUGGCAUCUGGUAUAUACUUUACGGUCAUGAGCUUAUGUGGAAGAACAGAGAGCCACUGGUGAAGUUGUGGCAUGACUUCAGAACGGGAGGACCAGGCACUGGCGGCAAUGGCUCCAUUUAGAGCAUUGCAUCAUGGGUAGAAACUAAGCCCAUGACCUGAGGAGGAGAAGAAUUUUAAGAAAUGGACAUAAACACAUUCAUGCAAAUAUUUAAGCACUUGAACCACAUUCUGCUGUUGUCAUAAUCAGUGAGUUCAAAUGUGUGUAAGAGAGAGAGUCUGUUUGAUAGAGUGAGGUCCGUUUGAACUGUGAAGUUCUGCCCCCUGAGUUUUGAUUUGAAUCCAAUAAGCCCCGCCCACAUUAUGAGGGGCGGAGCUUCAGCACACACGUUGACUCUGACAACAGCAAAACGGCCCUCUCGACAGCAUGUACAGAUAUCUAAAUGUUUCAAAUAGUCUGUAACCAUUUCAUUUUGAAAAAUAAAAUGCUUAUUUAAAAUACUGUUUUCAGCGUCGUCAGAAAUCGUCGUCAGAGUGUGUAAUAUGUGGUACGUGAGCAGAGAAGUGUUUGUUUUCUGAUCGCCUCAAACGAGACUUUGAUCCUUGUUUAAUGUGAAUGAUUCACCAGGUUUUUUUCUGCUGUACAUCACGUCAUCAAAUACACAGUACAAACCGUUUCGGUGUUGUUUUCUGGAAUAGGUCAAAGUUCAAUUGCAGUCAUAGUAUCAUAACGGCUUAUUAACAGUGAGCGUGUUUAUCACUUCCUCAUGUUUUCAUGAAGUCACUGUAUCACUCGUCACUUCCUGUUUUCCCAUUUUCUCUCUCUUCCUGUUAUUCUGGUCUUGCACAUCCCUGAUCCCUGAAUCACUCCUUUUACCCGUUUUGUUGUCUUGAUAUUUUUGUUUCAUUUUUAACUCGUGAUUUAGUCUCAUGAGGAAAUGUCCAGGUCACAUUUCACUCCAAAAUGAAGAGAAAGUUAUAAUUAUUUUUUGCAUCAAUAAAAUAGCCAAUUUGUAGGACCAUUGA